GGAAGGAUGGAUGGAUGGAUGGAUGGAUGGAUGGAUGGAUGGAUGGAGCUGUGUCCUCUCCUUGCUUCCUCCUCUCCUGAAAGUGGCUUUUUGCAGCCAUUUCAUGUCCCAUGGUGGGGAGAAAUGUCCCCCCCUGCCCUGCUGCCCUUCCAGGGAACCCGAGGAGGCCGUGGCUGGAGCCUGGAGAGGGGUUUCCCAGCAGCUGAUGACUCUGCUGACGCUGUUUCCAGCCUGACUGUGGCGUGAGCGGCGCUCAGCCUGGCUCCUGCCAUCCCUGUGGUGCUGAGGCUUUGCCAGCUCAGCUCCAUCUCACUGCUGGGUUUCAAUCCUGCCCUCCCAUCCCUGCUGCCCCACCAAAAAGGGAAUCAAUGGGACUAUUGGGGUUUUCUUUCCCCCUCCAGUGAUGGCUUUGUGCUGGUUCAUAUGCUGCGGUGAGGUGGGAGCUCAGGUCUACCCCAGUUCAAACCAGCAGCGAGGCUCUUGGGCCUCAUCCUGUCUCAGCUCAGCACCGAGUUGCAAAAAAAUCAUAUCAGGGCAACGUGACCCCCACACAGUCUGGUCCCAAAAGCCACAUAAACCACCUGGAGAGCCUCCCCAUUCGCUUUUGGGGUGCUGGGAAGGGGGAACUCCCUCCUCUGCAGGGACGGAGGGGCCCGUUCCAGCCCCAGCCCAGGAGCAGCAGGGCCAGCCCCAGCCCAGGAGCAGCUGAAGUGAAAAUGAAAUCAAGGCAUUUCCUCAUUUCCUGGCUCGUGAUUUGUGCCACGAGCUGCAGCCGCCGGGUGCCACCGGUCCUGAGCCCUCCCGGCCCCGCGCUGGAUCCGGCCCCAGUGUCCCCCCAGCCUGUGCCCUGAGCCCAGGGAGGGACCCACCAGCAGCAGCAGCCAGUGCAGCUCCCUCAAACCCUCUCUGGGUAGUUGAGCUGUUCGUGGUGGCCCAUCCUCAGCACCUGGGUCAAGAACGGCUCCAGCUGCAGGCGCUGAGCUCCCGGCGAGCGUCGAGUCCCAGCGAGCAGGAUGAAGCUGCUGCCUCCCGUCGCUCUGCUGGCCUCCUUGGCACUGGCACUGGCAGCCCCUGACCCCGUGCUGGACUGGCACUGGCAGCUCUGGAAGAAAACCUACAGCAAAGAGUAUCAGCACGAGGAGGACGGGCAGCGGCGCCUGACCUGGGAGAGGAACCUGCGGCUGGUGACGCUGCACAACCUGGAGCGGUCCCUGGGGCUGCACUCCUACGAGCUGGGCAUGAACCACCUGGCAGACAUGACCCGUGAGGAAGUGGCAGCUCUGUUGACUGGGCUCAACGCCGUCCCCCGCUCCAACCGGAGCGUCACGUACCGACGGCAGCCCGGCAGCGAGCUCCCGGACACGGUGGACUGGAGGGAGAAGGGAUGUGUCACAGAAGUGAAGAACCAGGGUUCCUGUGGGUCGUGCUGGGCUUUCAGCGCCGUGGGAGCCCUCGAAGCGCAGGUGAAGCUCAAGACGGGGAAGCUGGUGUCCCUGAGCACCCAGAACCUCGUGGACUGCUCCAUGAUGUAUGGGAACAAGGGCUGCAGCGGGGGCUUCAUGACCAAGGCGUUCCAGUACAUCAUCGACAACCAAGGCAUCGACUCGGACGAGUCCUACCCCUACACAGCCCAGAACGGGACGUGCCAGUACAACGCCUCCACGCGCGCUGCCACCUGCUCCAGGUACGUGGAGCUGCCGUUUGCCGACGAGGCGGCGCUGAAGGAGGCUGUGGCCAACGUCGGCCCCGUCUCUGUUGCCAUCGAUGCCACCCAACCCACCUUCUUCCUCUACAGGUCAGGUGUGUACGAUGACCCCCGCUGCAGCCAGGAGGUGAAUCACGGCGUGCUGGUGGUGGGCUACGGCACCCUGAGCGACAAGGACUAUUGGCUGGUGAAAAACAGCUGGGGAGAACAUUUUGGAGACAAAGGCUACAUCAGGAUGUCCAGGAACCACCAGAACCACUGUGGCAUCGCCAGUUAUGGCUCUUACCCUCUGAUAUAGGCAGAGCCUGUGCUGCUGGGGGCUCCUGAGGCUCUGGGGAAACCACUGAUGCUCUGCUUGGAUGGAUCAACUCACCUCAAGAAGCAUUUUCUGGCUCUGUGGGCAACGUCCUUCUGUUAGAUCAGCCCAGGCUGGGAAGGAGCCCUUUGCUUAGGGGGGGUUGGAAUCUGAUUUACAGGCCCCCAGAGACUUCUCCUUUUUGGGGGGAGGGGGGAGGGGAGAAAAAAAUCGAUUGUUUGGGGUUUUUUUUCAGAGUAAAAUUGUCAUACUCACAGUUCUCCUGGAGAUCACCCACCACCACCUUCUGCUCUCUCCAGCUGCAGUGACACAGCAUCUCUCUCUCUCUCUCUCUCUCUCUCUCUCUCUUUGCCCUGUUGAUGAAAUUGCAGCUAUUCUUUGAGAAAUAAAAGAGCAGUUUCACUGGCCACAGCUCUGCUGU